AUGUCUACUCCCGAAUCUCUCGAGGACAUUCUGCGCCGACGCGCAACGUCUCAAGCUACUAACACAGCUCCUGGAAUGAUGGGCAUGGAGGACGUGAUCGAGAUCGCCCCUUACGAGCCCUGGUGUGCGCUUGUCCAAGAGUCGCGUAACAUGGAGUUAGCCAUGGGUAACAGCAACACGGAAGCCACCGAAGCCACAAACGCUCGGAUACGCAACAAACACCGCAGUAUAUUGGAGCAGCUCCUCCAGGGCAAGGAGAUCAUGGAGAAGCUCAAGGAAGAAACUGCUCAGUCAGUGAAAGAACUCCAGCACGAAAUCGACGUCGCCGCUCGUGGCGUCAAAGACCGCGAGGAAGCGCUUGCGCGGUACGCAACCGGCUGGAGAUCCACAGUUCAGAAGCUGAGAAGGAGCUCGAAGCCUGAAGUCUUGUGCAUGGAGGUCGACAGUCACAAGACCGUCAUCCGCUCGCUGGAGCGCAUUCAGCGGCUGGUCAGGGACAACGAGGCAGCGAGGCAGCCGGCCAUGGAGCGUGAACUUGCUGAGAACCUAAAAGCCGUGGAGAAGUACGAAGACUACAUUCAACUUCGAGGGUUGACGCCGGGAGGCAUGACGUCUGUGCAACUGCGCUGA